AUGUCAACAAUAACCCUCACAGGAUCCGCCACAUCCGCCAAACAUGACACCCCAAUAGAAGAACAAAUCAGAAACCUCAUUAUCGAAACAAAAUCAGGGGUCAAAGAUACUCCAGGCCUUUCCGAAGCCAACGUCUAUGGCCCUGAUCCCGAAGGUUUAAAACUCUUGCCAGAAUCAGCCCGCAAACGGUUUGCCGAAUCAGGGAUCGACAUCUCCAAAGGGUACCCUGAACGUCCUAACAAAUCUGACGUCCCAGUAUACGUUGACGAAGCAUAUCAAGUGAGAAACCAAGAUUAUCCAUACGUUGAACGUGCCAAAAACGCUGACCCUGAAAAAAAAGCGUUGUUCUCCGCCGCUACCGAAGUCAAACACUUGACCAGAAGCAUUGGUACCGAGAUUGUGGGAUUACAAUUGGAAGACCUUACUGAUCAACAAAAAGAUGAAUUGGCGUUAUUGGUGGCUGAAAGAUGUGUGGUGUUUUUCAGAGAUCAGAAAUUGACCCCGCAAAAACAAUUGGAAUUGGGUCGUUAUUGGGGGCAAGUCGAAGAACACCCACAAACCCCCCACGUUCCAGGAUACCCGGGGAUCACCAGUAUUUGGGUGGACUACCGUCGUAAAAAAGGGUUGAAUCUUACUUUUGAAAAUAACAACUGGGUGGGAUUCAAUAGAAGCUUUGGAUCCGGCGGCGGGAAUCAAGUAUGGCACACCGAUUUGGUCCACGAACACCAACCGGCAGGCAUCACCCAUUUACACAAUGACACCAUUCCAGAGGUUGGCGGGGAUACUUGUUGGUUGAACGGGUACGCUGCUUAUGAUAAACUUUCUCCAGAGUUGCGGAAGUUCUUGGAUGGCAAGCAAGCAAUUUACCAUUCGGCUCACGCUUAUAUCGAUCGUAAUGAUCCAUUUUCCGGUCCUAAAAACGUGGAGCGGGCCCAUCCAUUGAUUAGAACCCAUCCCGCCACCGGUUGGAAAUCGUUGUUUGUCAACAGAGGCAUGACCAGAAGAAUUGUCGGGCUCAAUCCCGUGGAAAGUGAUUUGAUUUUGAAUUUCUUGUUUGAUUUGUGCGAAAAGAAUUACGAUAUCCAAUGUCGUUUCAAUUGGAAACCGAGUAAACCAGGGUACGGUACCAGUGCGAUUUGGGAUAACAGAGUCUCUCAACAUAAAGUGGUGUGGGAUCAUGAAGGUACUGAACCUCGCCAUGGUACCAGAGUCACUUCUUUGGCAGAAGUUCCGUAUUUUGAUAAGAAUUCAAAGACUCAAAGAGAAGCUUUGGGGCUUCCAAUUAAUAACACAUUUAAUUGA